AGGACAUGAAAAGCGCCGCUCCUGUCGCCCAGGUGGCACCGCCCCUUCACGAUCUCCCAUAAUGCACAGUGAUCCAAGAUGGCGGCGUCCGACGAUGGAGAAACACUGGAGACUUGGCUUAACAAAGCCACGAGUCCUGCUAACCGACAGGAAGACUGGGAGUACAUCAUGGGCUUCUGUGACCAGGUUAACAAGGAGCUAGAAGGGCCACAGAUCGGCACCAGGCUGAUCUCCCACAAAAUCCAGUCCCCUCAGGAGAUGGAGGCCUUACAAGCUCUCACGGUACUGGAGGCUUGUGUAAAGAACUGUGGUCGCCGAUUUCACCAGGAAAUCGGAAAGUUUCGCUUCCUGAAUGAGAUGAUUAAGCUGGUUUCUCCUAAGUACCUUGGCGCUAAGACAAAACCCAAGGUGAAGACACGUGUGAUAGAACUGCUGUACAGCUGGAGUAAAGGCCUGCCUCACGAGACCAAGGUUCAAGAUGCCUACCAGAUGCUUAAGAAACAAGGUAUUGUGACAGAAGACCCCAAAGUUGAAGAUGUGUAUGAGCCACCCCCUCCCCCACGCCCAAGAAAUACACUUUUCGAGGAUGAGGACAAGGCAAAGCUAUUGGACAGGCUCCUGAAGAGUAAGCACCCGGAGGACCUGCAGGCUGCCAACAGGCUGAUUAAGAACAUGGUGAAGGAGGACUCGGACAGGAUGGAGAGGGUCUCGCGCCGCAUGAACCAGCUGGAGGAGGUCAACAACAACGUCAGGCUUCUCAACGAGAUGCUCGCGCACUACAAACCUGAUGAGGCCUCCAUUUCCGAGAAGGAAGUCAUGAAGGAACUUUAUGCCCAAUGUGAAAAGAUGAGACCAAACUUAUUCAGACUUGCAAGUGACACUCCCGAGGGUGAUGAUGGUAUUGAUGCAAAGGCACAGAGCGAGGGCACAGCAUCACCAUCAUCAAGUGCACUAGCUGAUAUCUUGAGAGCAAACGAUGACCUGAUGAGGGUGAUGCAGUCCUACCAACGUCUGGUAGAGGGCGUUAGAAAUGGCACGGCAGAAGAUGGAUCCGGCGAUGGGAAUCAAACAGAACAGCAGACUGGACUGGCAGACCUGCUCAUGUUGGAUGCAGGGGGACCCAGGUCACCCACCGCUACCACUACUGCAUCAGCCCUGCCUCCCGUCCUACCCGCCCCUCCCACGGUUAGUGGACCAACCCCUGCAGCACCACCACCACAGCCUACAACAACAGCAGACCUUCUCAGCAGCGAACUUCAAAAUCUAGGAUUUGGUGAAGCUGCACCUGCCUCAGCUGCAACAGGUGCACCUGGUCAGCCCCUUGUAGGUGGGAUACCUUUCAUGCCUACACCAGGCGUAGGCACGCAGCCGCACCCUGUGGCACCUCUAUCCAACUAUUCUGCAUUUGGACAGGCUCCCCCAUCUAACGUUCCCAUGUCCAUGCCGGGAGCUCAGCCUACAACAAUGAUGGCACCGAUGGGGACCCAGCCUCACUUCACAGCUGCACAGGGUGGUGUUUUCCAACAGAACACUAUGGCCAUGCCCAUGGCAACGGCCACGCCCAUGGCAACAGCCACGCCCACUCCCAUGAUGAACACUGUUCCCACUGUCCAGCCCCAGAGUUCCACGGGUCUGCUGGGAGACCUGGGCGUACAAGGUCAGGCACAAGGUCAAGGUCAGGUUCAAGGUCAAGAGAAACCGCCCGCGGUUGAAGGGGCCUUCUCAGACUUGGACGUCCUGGGGAAGAGCUUGCAGGAACAGGGUCUCAAGCCUUCUGUGCAAGCUUCUCAGCCUGCGAGUGAGCCACCCAGGCAGAGUUUGAACCAGCUCCUUGCACAGAAGCAGCAACCUGGUUCCCCUGCCCCAGGGGGUGAGGUGGCCUCCCCUGUCCCCACCCCCCAGACAGCAGGCGUUGGUGCCCCCUCUCCCCAGCCAGCCUCUCCCGCUACUGCUGAAGUCCAGUCACUGCAGGAUGUGUUUGUUCCUAUAGAGUCAGUCCAACCUGGAAGUGUUGGCCCCCUGACCAUCUGUCAGAAGGAUAACAUGCAGAUUGUCCUACAUUUUGCGCGUGACACGGCCCCCGGUCGACCUGACGUCCAUGUCAUGGUGGUGUCAAUCACCAGUAACGCUACCGAACGGAUCCAGAGUAUAGUCUUUCAAGCCGCUGUGCCAAAGGUGAUGCGUGUGAAACUGCAGCCUCCGUCGGCCACGGACCUGCCAGGCUACAACCCCAUCUUGCCCCAGGCUGCCAUUACACAAGUCAUGCUGCUGGCCAACCCAAAUAAGGUGCCGGUGCGGUUAAAGUACAAACUUAGCUACAUGUGCAAUGAACAGCAGAGGACGGCAGUGGGAGAGGUCUCCAACUUUCCCAACUUGUGACGGCAAGCUCCGUAGCUCCGAGAGAAUUAGUUAGCCGUUUAACUGUCCAUACUGAUGUCUGGGCUUGGAUGCAGGAUGUACAUUAUUAUCAGGCCUUACUGUAGAGAAAUGUGGUACUUUUUCAAACGACAUGUCAUCAUGGCACUGUAGCACAUCAUUCCACUUUGCCUGAUGCACUCAACAUGCAAUACUGUAUGUACCUAUGGUGCGAUGCACUU